AUUGUUGCAGGGACUGUUAAUUUGAUGAGAAUCUCACCGUAUCAGGGAACUUUGAAAGACAGGCCUGCCAAUGCCAAGAAGACAGACUUGUUUUCAUUCGUCCUCGACUACAGCCAAGUUCCAAUAAUUACUCUGCUUCAGAUAUUUCUGAUUGUAUUGACCCCAUCGUGACUUCUGAAGGAGAUUCUGACAUUGCCGUUAACCCUUUGCAGUUUGUACUCUGUCUCACACAUACACGGUGAAGAGUUGCUUAAUGCAAAGUAAUCCUGCGUUUUUUGGACUUCACAAGAAUUGCAAUUUAAGCUAUUCUAAGGACGCAACAUGUAUUAAGGGAUUAAGGUUUAAACCAGGUGGGAGGUAAGAGCAGAGAUUUUUGAAAGCUUAGGUGAAUAGAAAGGAUAGACCUACUCGUUUGGGAUAUCGGCUCACCUUGCCAAAGUACAAUCCAUAUUCCAGCGAUGAGAGCUGCAUAGCACAAACAUUAUUAACAGACAGUCCUAUGUGCUGUGAAUUAAUUUUUUUCUUCUUUUUUUUUUUUUUUACCAGUGAAGGGAAGCAAAAGGGCGCAAAUCCUUGUCCACCCACUGUAUAGCAUUAACUCAGCUAGCAUUUUAAUUUGGAUUCAAGAGGCACUUUUAUGCUUUUUUUUUUUUUUGCUUUUAUCACUCACUUCGCAUUCAGGGGAGGAAGAGCGGGCCCAUCUGCAUUUCUGAAAGCAUUAGAGAAUGUAUAAAAUUGUCUUUAUAUGACUUAAUCAUCGUAACAUUAGAAGAAGUGUAUCAUAGCUGUGUGUCUGUGUGUGUGUCUGUGUGUGUGUGUGUAUUAUAAAUGCCAUUGACUUAAUAGUAUGUAUGAACACUUAAUGUAACUUAAAAUUCAGCAUUAGUUCAAACUCCUGAAUGUGAAACAGUCACUUGUUUCCCUCAGUAGUGAUUGUCCUAAAUUAUAGGGACAUGAACGUGAACACAAGAGCAAGCUUUUGUAUGCACCUUUCAUUCACACAUGAAGAAAUCGUUCUGUUGUUCUGCUCCUUAUAAGUCACUGGAGGCUGGAUGAAGUUUAAGCCACUGCAGCUUUAUCGGUUAUUAUUUUUGUUAUUAUUAUUUUUGAUAACAGAAUUGAUGACUGAAAUGUGAUGGUCACAAACUAUUAAGCUUUAUUUGUUUUGUGUUGAACUGACCACGUUUGCUCAGCCAUCUCCACAGGACUUAUCGGAAAAAAAGAAAAAAUACCUGUUGUGCCAUCUUUUCUUGUUCAGUCACAUGUUGCAUGCCUAUCAUGGAUGGCACAAGCAACAAGAGGUGAAAGUGCCUCUCCACAACAAUGCACAUGGCUGUCAAUCAUGCUUUUUUUUUCUUCUCAGCAGUGUUCUGAAUAGUUCACCUGAGCUUGGCGCUAACGGUGAGGAUAAGAAGCUGCCUCUGUGUCCCAUCUGUGAAUUAUUCAGGAGUCAACCACGCUCGCAGAAUCCGGUUUCUUUUAUGUGGUCUACGGGCUCAGCUAUCAGAUGACCAAACAGUGCCCAUGUCAGCUAGGACACCUGACACACCCUCUCUGUGUGCCUCUCCACGUGAUGCACUUUCAAACAGCUCCGCAGAGUGCUGUUAAAAUAAACACUGGUCUGUUGUUGACCACACAGUGUGUUAUCAGCAACACAAAUGACAGCCUGACAGUGGCAACCAAAUGACACGUCUCCCAUGUGACAGAGAUGUAUGUUUGCAUCCUGGUAUAGUGUAUGAAAAUGAAUGACAGGUUUUUUUUUUCUUAUGACACUCUUUCCAUCUGGCACUCAUCAGGUGCUUUUGUAUUAUUUGCAGUAAUAUGUGUUUACAAUGCCAAGUGCCAUUUUGUUGUCUGAGAGCAAUCUUCAGCUUCUUUUUAGUGAGGGUAAUUUAAGCAUCUGCACUGGCACAGAAAAAUGGACCUUUGAUCUGUGGCAUGGCUGUGCAAACAGAUGUAUCCUGUUUAUUAAGUAUUUGAUAAAUGUCAUCUAUGAUCUCUCCCCACCCCUUAUUCAAACCAUGUUUCCUCCUGCAGCUCGAGCCGUGUGUUUGAGCAAGUUAAGGAGCAUGUUCUAUCAUAAUGUUUUUAUGGACAUUUUCACAAAUUGGCAUUAUAAAGUAUGACCCGAACCACUCCUGUUCACGUAAAAACACAAUGCCCAUCACAGCAAAAGAGUUAGUUCCAGAGUUCUUAGAUGACAUUUUGAUAGUGAUGGGAAAAAGCACGGGUGUGUCAGAAAAUUGCAUAACCAAAUAUUGAUCUAAUGAGUAUUUACAUAUUCUGUGUAUGGGUAUUGAAUUUGCCACAGGUGGUGCAUGACCAGUGCCCCGCCUCUACAGGGCUAGGGAUGCAAAUAGUACCUCUAGAGGUAUCAUUUUACACUUGAUCCUUCGGGUAAAGAGGAGCAGUCAUCAGAUCACAGCAGCUCUUUUACCAUGAAAAGCUGGGUCGUCACAGACAAUAACAUUCAAUAGGAUCAGUCAACCAAUCGACGCCACCAUCGCUGCUACAGCUAUGCCCAUCGCAGAUCUUUUGGGAGUCCAGUUCGACAUGCAGCUGCUGUUGAAAUUGAGUAUUUCUGCGGCUGCAGUGCUGCUGGUGUCUUGGGCCUACAGGUUCUACAGCUCCAGGGACGCACAGGAAAUUCAGCCCUGUGUCAAAGACAGCAAAGAGCCGCAAAAUGCAACCUGCCAAAACUGCAAGUCGACGCUACCAUGUCAGCGCUCACCACAACAUGACACCGAUGACGGGGGCGAGCAAUCCAGACCCUUGCGCACAGACUCAGCCACUGAUGACCCGACAUCUGACUGCACCAAGGAACCACCGGCAGAAACCCAUCCACACCGAGCUGAAAAGGAUGCAUUUAGUUUAUCAUAUAGUGACCAAGAUAUCAGCAUGGAAGGAGAGAUACUCACUCAUCAGACGCAGCCAGUGGUUGCCACCAGUAAUAUUUCAUUUGGAUCUGCUUUGAACCUUCCUGAUCCAGCAGAGAGUGGAAUGGCCUGUACAACGGGACGCCGCUCCCCUUGCUUUUUGCAGAAGCUGGAGGGCAGUGUGGGUGUGGGCAGGGAGUUGAGGCAGGACUUGGAGCGCCAGGGAGCCUACUCCAGCUUCCUCUCCAAGGCAGAGAUCAAAGUGGAGGACGCUAACGUGGUGCUGGAAGGAACAGGAGACCAGAUUGUGCGCGGAAAGAUAUAUGAUUACUAUGUUGAGUCUUCGUCUCACUCUAUUACAGACUCAAACACUGCGCCGGGUCAGUAUGAGAGGAACUCUGAGCCACAGCCAGUGGAGUUUGGAAACCAUGGCAGCAGGCUAACAGAAUCUCCUUCCUCUCUGAGCCCCAUCAUUAUGCGCGAUCUGGUUUUACCACAAAGUACUGCUGAGGAUCCCUCCUCGCUUGGAAGCCUCAAGCUGAGGCCCCCUGCAAAGCCCGCACUCCUACGCAAGGAGAGCUAUCUGUCUGCAGCAGAGCAGUCUGAGCUUUCCAUCCCUUUUGUAACUUCAACAGCCUCAACUCCAAUGAUUCACUCUCUGGCCUCAACCAGCAAUGAGUCCAUGUCUGUUCGCCCCAUGAUCAGUCCCUCUACAGAAGGCCCUAAUUUGAGGGAGGGGGCUGAUCUAGAGACUGUAGCAGGAGCUCUAUUUUUACACCUUCCGGCAACAACUCUUGACGGCACAGAUAUCGAAAGCUUGAAGAGUAAGAUCGAUCUGGGUAACUGUUUGGAGACGCUGUACCUGGCCAAAAAAUAUGGCCAGACGUCUGUGCAGCAAGCAGCCCUUGGGGUCAUGUCAGACAACUACCUCCAGGUGCUCAGGGACCCCAACCUUUAUGGGCGGCUAAUGGCUGGCGAGCGGGAACAAAUCCAGAAGCAGAGAAUAGGGGGGAGAAGGUUCAUCAUGGUGGCAGACAUGGACCCUCAAGACUGGGCGAGGAACACAGGAGUGCGGACAGCAGAGACAGAGCAGAAGAAGACAUCCAGUGCAGUGUACUAUUAUGAUGACUACAAAGACUCCUGGCAUACACUCUGCCUUAUCCCUCAGGAGGUCAUCUCUAAAGCCUGUGCCAUGUGCACAAUGGAUAACUACUUAUUUGUGGCAGUGGGCUGCCAAGGCACAGACAGAGAAAUGACACCCUCAAAGCGAGUGUUUUGCUACAAUCCUCUGACAUCAAUUUGGAAGGAGAUCAGUCCUAUGAAUGAAGCCAGACCCUGCUGCAAACUGGCAGCACUGGAGGGCUACAUCUACGCCAUCGGAGGGGAGUGCCUCUCCUCAGUGGAGCGCUACGACCCACGACUGGACAGAUGGACAUUUGUGGCUCCACUGCCUGAUGAUACAUUUGCUGUGGCACAUCACGUCACGGUGUGCAAUGGAGAGAUUUUUGUUUCCGGGGGAACUCUUAGAUAUAUGCUGCUGCGCUACAGCCCCAAAACCGACACCUGGAGGCCAAGUCUGUUAGUAAGCAGCAAAGACAGAACGGCAGAUAUGAUGGCUGUGGGGAGAUUUCUGUAUCGAUUUGAUGUUAACCCACUGCUGGGUGUCAGCGUAUACCGCUACCAUACGGUGGCCCGGCUGUGGUACGAGUGCAGCACAAAACGGCUCCUGCACUGCCCUGCCUUCCAGUGUGUCACGAUGGACAACACAAUUUAUUGUGUCAGCCGCCAGUUCACCAUGAGGUUCGAGGCUGAUGAGAUCUCCCCCGCUUUCACAGAUGAGGAUUUGAGUGUCCUCUCUGAGGCGAAGGGCAUACUUUUCCCCUUUGUCCUUUCACUCCCUGAUAAGAAGCCUCGGCAGACCAGUGUGUAACGAGGAUUCAGUUUUCCAUUGAUGAUAAGAUUAGGUGGUGAUGGAGUGUACCCUGAAUCAUGCUUUACAUCACGUUUCCUGUUGACUGAGUGGGUUUUGCCCCAAAUGUUAUUGAAAAAUUGUAACCACGGUGUCACCCUUUCACAAAGCUUCUGUUUCUUAAAAUAAUUCAUUUUCUUGAACUGGGUAUUUGCACAAAGAAAUGUGUGUUUCUUAUGUCGGACCCUGGCAGUACAUGUAAAGUAUUAGACGCUUAAUGGUAGUCAAACUACUGUUUGCUUAGAUUUACGCAGGAUGUGCUGCCAUGUAAAUUGUUUGCUUCUUUGAUUUGCCACUCUUUCCUGCCAUUAAGUUAGUUUUAUAUCAUUCCAGAUGCUUAACCUCUUUAGCUGUGGUGAUAAUUCAUAACUACGUCUCACAGUAAAUGAGUGCAUUCAACUCUAACACAUUACAUUUGGGCAAUACAGUGAUAAUCUAUCACUGUGCGCCACUGUGUAGGGCACAAAUAUAACUUACACAGUGGCCUGAAUACGACGCAAUUAUCUACAGUUGCUCUUUAAACAUGACAGGAUGUAAAUGGGUAUGUCAUGCAAUAUAAAUAUGUGAGCUUCCACAAGCAUUCAUCACAACUUUUGAAAAUCUCCCAACACUUGUAGUCGCUCUCCUUUUGCUGGCCCGGAAGAAGUGUGUUUGUUUUAAUCUUCACUGAGCAGAUUCUUUGUUCAUCGCACCACAUAA